AUGGCUGCUAACAUCAAUACGAUUCUAAUCGUCGGAGCGACAUCCGGCAUAGGUGAACAGUUUGCUAGGCGCUUUCAUGCCUCGGGAAAGAAAGUGAUCGUCACGGGUCGCAGAGCCGACAGACUCUCUCUUUUAAAAGAGGAGCUCGCGGGGAUCGAGACCGUUCAGUGGGAUAUCACGGAUUUUAAAGGAUUGUCUGGCCAAGUCGCAAAGAUUCUAAAAUCACACCCUACCCUAGACACAGUCUUCAUCAAUGCAGGCAUCCAAAAGUCAUCGUCUCUCCUAGACCCAUCCACUAGCAUCACCGAAGACGUCACCACCGAGAUCAACUCGAACCUCACAGCCCCAAUACUCUUGACGCAGCUUUUCGUUCCCCACCUUCUCUCCCUCGCCUCCGCAGGCAAGUACGCAAAUCUUCUGGUCACGAGUUCAUCCCUCGCCUUCUUCCCUAUGGCAUUUUAUCCAGUCUACUGCCCGACCAAAGCAGCUAUUCACUCUUUCCUGGUGAUUCUCCGCCAACAAAUCAGUUUUACACCUGAAACCACACAGAAACAUUUCAGCGUCGUUGAAAUCGUGCCACCGUAUACAGACACUGGAUUGGACAGCGAGCAUCGAGACUUGGUAAAUCAACUGCAAGGCGGUGCUGAAAAAGCAUUCAAGCCUAUGCCACUGGAUGAGUAUAUAGGGAAGGCUUUUGAGAGCUUGAAUGAGGUUGAUAAAGAAGGAAAAUUGAAGAAAGAAGUCGGUGUUGCGUUUGGCCAAAUGGGCAUUGAUACUUGGAGAGGCAGCUUCGGUCAGGCUUUGGAAGGUAUGGGCCUUAAAUGUUGA